AUACACAAGCAAACUACAAAUUGAUCCUUUCAUUUGGCAAAGACUUGUGAUUAACCAUGGCUUACCAUUGUCUUCAAUUCUUUGUUUUAUCACUUUUACCGAUCACUUUUGUUUUCAAUGAACAGAAACAGUUUUUUGAUUGGGGGCUCCUGGUCUUCUAGAGACAACUGUACCAGAGAUUACUACAUUGCCCAAGAGAUACCAAAACCCCAAGGGCCUCAGUUGCCAAAGCAUGAACUCCCCAAGUUAUCUGAGUUGCUUGACAUUUCAAAGUUAGAGGUGCCCGAGCUACCAAAACUUGAAGUGCUUGAGAUUGCAAAGCCUGAAUUGCCUAAAUUGCAAGAGAUACCAAAACCUGAAGUUUUUGAGUUGCAAAAACUAGAACUUCCAGAGCUACCAAAACCUGAACUACCCCAAGUUCCAGAGUUACCAAAGCUUGAAGUACCCAAAUCUCCAGAAUUGCCAAAACCUAAUGUUUCCAGAUUACCUGAGUUGCCUAAACCUCAUAGUCCUUGACUUUUGAAAACUGCAUUUUGUUUCCAUCUAGUGCUGUUGUUACUACAAAUUACUAUCCAUUGUACUCUUAUUUGGAGAGUAUUUCUUUAGUUCAUGUGUGUAUCAUGUAAUGAAUUAAGUACUUGAAC